AUGGCGGCGCUGGCGACAGUGGCCAAGAAGGUGUGGAGCGCGCGGCGGCUGCUGGUGCUGCUGUUCACACCGCUCGUGCUGCUGCCGGUGGUCUUCGCCCUCCCGCCCAAGGAAGGUCGCUGCCUCUUCGUCAUCCUGCUCAUGGCGGUGUACUGGUGCACCGAGGCCCUGCCCCUCUCAGUGACGGCCCUGCUGCCCAUCGUCCUCUUCCCCUUCUUGGGCAUCCUGCCCUCCAACAAGGUCUGCGCCCAGUACUUCCUGGACACCAACUUCCUCUUCCUCAGUGGUCUGAUCAUGGCCAGCGCCAUCGAGGAGUGGAACCUGCACCGGAGAAUUGCCCUCAAGGUCCUGAUGCUCACCGGGGUCCAGCCAGCCAGGCUCAUCCUGGGGAUGAUGGCGACCACCUCAUUUCUGUCCAUGUGGUUGAGCAACACUGCCUCUACCGCCAUGAUGCUGCCCAUCGCCAAUGCCAUCUUGAAGAGUCUCUUCGGCCACAGGGAUUCUCAUAAGGACCUCAGCUGGGAGAGUGAAGAGACUGUGGCUGCUGUGCGGAAAAACGGCUUGCACACUGUGCCCACGGAGAUGCAAUUCAUUGCUGGCACAGAAGACAAAGACUGCCCUGAGGAGGCAGAGGCUCCAACGGAUCUCCACCCUACCUCCAAGAAGGAGGAGGAAUAUCGCAGGAACAUCUGGAAGGGCUUCCUCAUCUCCAUCCCCUACUCGGCCAGCAUCGGGGGCACCGCCACCCUCACGGGCACAGCCCCCAACCUCAUCCUGCUCGGCCAGCUCAAGAGUUUCUUCCCACAGUGCGACGUGGUGAACUUCGGCUCCUGGUUCAUCUUCGCCUUUCCUCUCAUGCUGCUGUUCCUGUUGGUGGGCUGGCUCUGGAUCUCCUUCCUCUAUGGAGGGAUAACCCUGAGGGGCUGGAGGAAGAAGAAAUCUGAGCUCAGAACUGAUGCAGAAAAUAGGGCUCGAGACACGAUUCGGGAGGAAUUCCAGAGCCUGGGGCCCAUCAAGUUUGCCGAACAGGCCGUGUUCAUCCUUUUCUGCGUGUUCGCCAUCCUCCUCUUCUCCCGGGACCCGAAGUUCAUCCCUGGCUGGGCCAGCCUCUUCACCCCUGGGUUUAUUUCUGACGCUGUCACCGGCGUGUCCGUUGUCACCAUCUUGUUCUUCUUCCCGUCACAAAAGCCGUCCCUCAAGUGGUGGUUUGACUUUAAAGCUCCCAACACAGAGACAGUGCCCUUGCUGACGUGGAAGAGGGCCCAGGACACAGUGCCCUGGAACAUCAUCCUUCUCCUGGGAGGGGGCUUUGCCAUGGCCAAAGGCUGCGAGGAGUCGGGGCUGUCGGCGUGGAUCGGCGGGCAGCUGCACCCCCUGGAGAACGUGCCCCCGGUGCUGGCUGUACUGCUUAUCACCGUGGUAGUCGCCUUCUUCACCGAGUUCGCCAGCAACACGGCCACGAUCAUCAUCUUUCUGCCCGUCCUGGCGGAGCUGGCCAUCCGUCUGCGGGUGCACCCCCUGUACCUGAUGAUCCCAGGCACCGUCGGCUGCUCCUACGCCUUCAUGCUCCCAGUCUCGACGCCCCCCAACUCAAUCGCCUUUGCCUCCGGACACUUGCUGGUCAAAGACAUGGUGCGGACGGGACUCCUGAUGAACCUGAUGGGCGUCCUGCUGCUCAGCUUGGCCAUGAAUACUUGGGCACAGACCAUCUUCCAGCUGGGCACCUUCCCAGACUGGGCCGACCUCCACUUAGCCAACGUCACAGCACUGCCAUCCAGCUUGGCUAACGGCACAUAUCGGACCCUCUGA